UGUAGUCCGUAGUGACGUAAAAAUGCAGGUAGAGUUGGUUCAGAAAGAAUGUGGACGGUAUUUUGAAAACUAUACAACCUGUGUAAAUACUUUUCCAAAUACCUGGCAUUUGGACUGUGAAAAGCAAAAGUAUAAAUUGGCUAAAUGUGCUCAAACAAAUCCAACAAUUAUGAAAAUAAGAACCGAGUGCGCAGAGAGUUUUUCAAAAUACGAGUUCUGUGUUAGUCAGCAUCCCACCCAGUUUGAGCUGUGUACCAAGGAGUUUGCCGUUUUCAAUAAGUGUGCACAGAAGUGUGAAACAGAACAAUAAUAAAGAACUUACAGGUUAUUGUGGUCAUCAAAGUUUGUACAUCUUCAUGGAUCCUGUAGGAAUGUGCACAGAUACAUGUGGUGGAUCAUUGUGAAGAUGCCAUGGGACAGAACGUUAGUGCUAAUCAAGAUUCUUUCCUUUUCAACCACUAAAACUGCAAUUGUCAUAUUUCUAGAGAUUCAUAUUUGUUAGAUAUGUCAUGGAUGGAUUGAUGUUAUUAAAAGGGAUAAAAAGUCAACUAUUUAUUAGUCCCCUACCGGUCCAAACGGAGGGGAAUAAUAGGUUUCAUCGCCAUUUUGUGUAUAGCUUUAUCAAAUUUGACUUUCAUGGCGAUUUAUCCAUUUUUGACAGAGUUAUGGCCCUUUAAUUUAGGAUAUCUACAGAAAUUUGUUUUGAUUUUGAGCUGAAAGUUUGUGUA